GAUCUGCUUGCAGCACCUGUUGGGUCCGGGGAAACUGGUCAUGUGCCACCCACAGAAAACGAAGGGCAAGAUGUAGGAGCAUGAUGGUCUCCUUGAGGCCUUUUAUGCACACUCCUUUCUUUAACAAAAAGAUAUUUGGGGACCCAGCACACGCUAAAACCAGGAGCUGCACAAGUCAAGAACUGAGCAGGAGCGGCACCCCGGCCGCGGGAUGCUAAGCAGCGAAACAGAUCCGCAAGAGGGGAGCGGGCUCUGGCUUCUGGGUCCGCAGCCUCUGAAUACUCACUUCCGAUAGCACCGGGUGCCAGUAGAGCUCAAGGACUGGGCCUGGCGGGAGAAGGACCUGGGCUUUCGAGGAACCUCAUAACGUGGAGGCAAUGCUGAGUGAUGCGAGGGUCCAGGCUGGGAUUUAAAUUCCGAGACCCCGGAGCGCCUCCAAAGGACUGCAGGGGCAAGUGUUUGAGGCAAUCCGGGCUUUUAUGCAAGACUGGCCUGAGGCUGGACUACUGGAUAGAGCAGCGGUUCUCAACCUUCCUAAUGCUGUGACCAGUUAAUGCAGUUCCUCAUGUUGUGGUGACCCCCAACCAUAAAAUUAUUUUCGUUGCUACUUUAUAACUGCAAUCUUGCUACUGUUAGGGAUCGUAAUGUAAAUAUCUGUCUUUUCUGAUGGCCUUAGGUGACCUCUGUGAAAGGAUCGUUUGCGGCCAAAAGGGGUCCCAAGCCUUGGUUUUGAGGGCAGGAUAGAGGGUGGUAGAUGUUAGCAGACGAAGGGAAGGAGAAUGGUAUCGACUCAAGACCCUGAGAGGGUGACAGAGACUAGGAGCAGGGGGCUCAAACAUUAUGCCAGGCUUAUUAGGGGGCAAAGGUGUUUGGGAGCACUGACCUCAGUACUGGGUACCUACCUCUUCAUUUCCAACCUGGGUGCUCUUGAACUUUGUUGCAUUUCAGUUUCUUUCUUUUUUAAUUAAUUAAUUUAUUUUUAUUUUAUGUGCAUUGGUGUUUGCCUGUGUAUAUAUAUGUCUAUGUGAGGAUGCUGGAUCCCCUGGAACUGGAGUCACAGACAGUUGUGAGCUACCAUGUAGAUGCUGGGAAUUGAACCCAGGUCCUCUAGAAGAGGAUCCAGUGCUCUUAACUGCUGAGCCAUCUCUGCAGCCCCGCAUUUCAGUUUCUUUACUCACAAUGUGAGAAAGUACAGAACUGCCUCUGGCGAGGUCAGCUAGUUACUGUGCAUGGGUUACUCAGGAGGCCUAUGAGGCAGCUUCAGGUAGCAAGCAGCUCCACAAGUGUAGAGGAAGGGGAACUGUUCCCUUCAGCCUUUCCAGCCCUGAGCCUAAGGGGCACCAUCACCCAGAGGUCAUGAAUGCCAGGCCACAGGGGCUUGAACAAGGCUGGGUCAUAAUCAGGUAAGGUGGCAGGAAAGCCUGCUCCUGAAUUGAGGAUACUCCUGGGUGGCCUGAACCAAGGGCAGGAAGAUCACAGGAGAGUAUCCAGGACCUACUCCUGCAACUGUGAGGGUAGAGAGAGGGACAGGAACCGGAGAAGACCUUUGUCCAAUUUUGUAAAUAAUGCCACUGGGCCCCAAGGCUCAAGUCAAUCUGGAGUCAGUGGUAACAAUAGGAGAAACCAGCUGUGUUUCCCCCCCCCCCCCCACAUCCCACCUCAGAGCCAGAGGCUUGUGGCUCUUGUGUUUGGCUCUUGAAAGGGGGCUCUGCUCUCUCACCCCAGCCCUGAGCGCAUGUCUGUGAGAUACCAUAGCCUGUUACAACUGUUCAUUCAUUGGAGUCUAUUGCCUAGGAGGUGGACAGGGUAAGGACCAGAGAGAUAUGCUCUAUUGUUUCAUUAUUGGUCACCAGUUUCUGAGAGAACCCCUUUGUUACAGUAGGUCAGAGGUGAGUCAUGCCUGGGGCUUUUUGGGGGGGUGGAGUAUAUAAUAUAAUUCUUCCUCUCCACUCCUGAGUAUAGUAUAAAAAAAAGGGAGUGUUGCCAGACUUGGAGCAUGCCUUUAAUCCCAGCACUCAAGAGAAAGAGGUAGGUGGAGCUUUGUGAGUUCCAGGCCGGCCUGGUCUACACAGACUGUUCCAGGUCAACCAGGACUACAUAGCAAGAACUUGUGCCAAGCAGGGGUGAAGUGGGUUGGGGGAUGGAAUCUAGAAGGCACGCCUCCUACCCAGUAUAUGUUUAGGAUUAUUCUGGCUGGAGAUCUCCUUGCCAGGAUCUCUGCACAUCCCCCCAACCUCUGCCACUUGAAGUAUCCACCUACGCUUUAGUGCUGGAGCAAAUGUAGUACUUAGGGACUGGGGCUGUCCUGGGAGGAAGGGGCCUCUUAGAGUUACAGGAAGAGUCAGGCAAGGCGGGGCAAGGACCGCCAACAGCCCGCCCCGCCAGGGGAAGGGGUGGGUACCUGGGUGGGGUUUAGGUUUAGGAGAGGAUGUGACUGUAAGGCCAGGAAACUAAGGGGGAAAGUUCUGACUAAAAUAUAUAUCAACAAAAGCCAGGUCCUCGCCCAAGCUUGGUGAUGCAUCGUGGGUAGCCACAACACUGUGGCUCCUCUCUGGGGCCCAGCAGAGGGGACAAUUUGCUCACAAGUGCAUGUUACUGACCUCAAUGACCAUCUCCCCUUUGGAGGAAAAGAUCCGGAAAUGAGGUGACUGUGCCUCCCUACUGCUGAGGGAUCCUGUGGCCUUGUGGUCUGUCCUUGGAGGUAGGCUUGGUUGAGGAGAGGCCCAUGGUGCUGAGGUGCAUGAAGGCACACCGUGUGUGUGUGUGUGUGUGUGUGUGUGUGUGUGUGUGUGUCUGUGCGCGCGCGUGCGCACGCACACACAUAUGCGUGUAUGGGUGUGCUUGUGGCCCCUGAAGUAUUUGGGAGUGAUCUUGUGAAGGGAGGUGUGUGCAGCCCAAAACCUGUGUGGAGGGCAGUGUUGUAUGGAAGAUACAUGUGUGCACAUUGGCUAAGGUGAACUCAGUGAGGCUGACUGGGGGCCCGAGGGGGCUGUGCAUGCGUAGAAUGGGAAAGGGGAGAGGGCACCUGCUGCCUCCGUGAGUCACAUCCUGGAGGGUUGGUCUUCAUUUCUGGUGGUGUCUGCUGCUACCUUUGCAGGGGUCAAGGUCUUCUGAGCUUGAGGAGGUUGAGGGCUAUUGCAGGACAUGCUCUGGGACCUGCUGGGCUGGGGUAUCCACUUCUGGUCACUCUGAGGGGUCAAUUGAGAAGCCUGUCUUCUACAGGCCCUUGGUAAGUGGUUCUGCUUUCAGGAUUGUAAUAGGACUGCCCUUCACACCAAAGGGUUUCUGGAAGGAUCACCUUGCCACCCUUGACAGUAAUGUGCCUCUUCCUGAACUAGCUCCCAAGGAGAUUGAUGUCUAGCCAAGUCUGAGAUUUCUGGCCCAGCAUUACCCAGUGCAGAACAAAGGGAGAGAGUAUAAGAGACUAAUUCUCAUCAAAGCCACUGGGGCAUCUGAGGCAGGCCAGGCCCAGGGCUUGACCCCAUGUUCCUGCUGCCCAUGUGUCUGUGCAGGAUGGAGGAGAGUAGGAACUCAAUUAAAUGUAUAAAGAGAGUGAACUUGGGGCACCCAGGAAAGAGGGGUCACCUAGGGCCCUGGGCUGCUAAGGAAGAGCAUCCUGAAUGUUUCCUGCAGUCAUGCCAUUACGGAGCUUUUUGAGUCCCAGAUGUGUGUAAUUGUUAUGGGCCAAGAAUGACCCAGGGCCCUAGAUAAGAGUCAUCUGUUUUGGGGGUACCCAGAAGGGCUUCCCAAGGCCCUUCAGAGUGACCUCAAUAGUAGCCUGGUCCCCAUUUACCUUUCCUGGCCCAGAUGAGCCUCAAGGUGUCUGCAGGUGUGAUGUGUCCAUUCCCAUGUGUAUGUGUGACUGCAUCCAGAGCAAAAUCUCACAGUUAGGUUUCACUUAUGGCUCAUAUCCCCUUAAUCCCCAGGUCCUGGCCAGGUGACAAGCACCCACGCACCCACCUGCAUACAGCAGCAGUCCAUUACAGGGGACAGCCAGGAAUGAGGCUAACUGCUCUCUUCUGAGGUCACAUCCUUCUUGGAGCAUGUCUGUUGUAUCCCUGAGUCACCACAGUGGCUCCAGGACAAAUGAAAGUGGUCCAUGGGACUGGCCCUCCCAAGCUGUGUGAGGCAGAGUCUGCUCUGGCCUUGUGAUAUGUAGGAGCUCACACAGCACUCUGAGACUGGCUGAAAUUGCAAGGAAGCUAUCUGUUGUGCAGCCAGUAAGUACUGCUGCUGUCUGACAGUUACUGGUUAACUCACCGUGUUCCUGUUUAACUUGUCCCCUGGGGACAGUGACAGCCUCUGACCUCCAGGGACCCUGUCCAGCUGGCUGAAUAGACAGAAAGGAGUCCUUCUCAGUCUUCAGUGGAUCCAUCUGCUCGGUUAAAGAGCCCCAGUGGAGCCAGGGGUGGAACCAGUGUUCGGCCUGCAGAGGCCCUGGAAGAGCCAUGGCAGAUGUCUGUGACCCUAAUUUCCUCUCACCGUCUGAAAACCAGGCCUUGGGACCUGCCCUUGGCAGUACAGUUGCUUUGAAUUGCACAGCUUGGGUGGUCUCUGCACCCCAGUGUCCCCAGCCCUCAGUACAGUGGCUAAAAGAUGGCCUUCCAUUGGGCAAUGGAAGCCACUUCAACCUCCAUCAGGACUUUUGGGUCGGCGCCAACUUCUCAGAGGUUGUGUCCAGUGUUCUGGUGCUCAACUUGACCAAUGCUGAGGACUAUGGAAGUUUCACCUGCUCUGUCUGGAAUGUCAGCUCCCACUCCUUCAGUCUCUGGAGAGCUGGCCCUGCUGGCCAUGUGGUUGCAGUGCUGGCCUCCCUCCUUGUCCUGCUGGUUCUGCUGCUGGUGGCCCUGCUCUAUGUUAAGUGUCGUCUGAAUGUGCUGCUUUGGUACCAAGACGCCUAUGGGGAGGUGGAGAUGAACGAUGGGAAGUUAUACGAUGCCUACGUGUCCUAUAGCGACUGCCCGGAGGACCGCAAAUUUGUGAAUUUUAUUCUGAAGCCUCAGCUGGAGCGGCGUCGGGGAUAUAAGCUCUUCCUGGAGGACCGCGAUCUCUUGCCGCGCGCUGAGCCCUCUGCCGACCUCCUGGUGAACCUGAGCCGCUGUCGGCGCCUCAUCGUGGUUCUUUCAGACGCCUUCCUGGGUCGGGCCUGGUGUAGCCAGAGCUUCCGGGAGGGACUGUGCCGCCUACUGGAGCUCACUCGCAGACCUAUCUUCAUCACCUUCGAGGGCCAGAGGCGUGAGCCCAUGCACCCUGCUCUCCGGCUCCUGCGCCAGCACCGCCACCUUGUGACCCUGCUGCUUUGGAAGCCUGGCUCCGUGACGCCUUCCUCCGAUUUUUGGAAAGAGCUACAGCUGGCACUGCCCCGGAAGGUGCAAUACAGACCGGUGGAGGGAGACCCCCAGACCCGACUACAGGAUGACAAAGAUCCCAUGCUAAUCGUGAGAGGACGAGCUGCCCAGGGCCGGUGCAUGGAGUCAGAGCUGGAUCCAGACCCCGAGGGAGACCUGGGUGUCCGAGGACCUGUCUUUGGGGAGCCACCAACUCCACUGCAUGCAAGCAGGGUCUCCAUGGGAGAGGGCCACGGCAGUGAAGUGGAUGUCUCGGACCUUGGCUCUCGGAACUACAGUGCACGAACAGACUUCUACUGCCUUGUGUCUGAGGAUGAUGUGUAGCCCUUAUCCUAGCAGCCCAGAUCAUAGGUGGCAGCUUCCAGGGUAGAGGCAGGCACCUCUUCUCCCUAGGACCACAACCCUUGCCUGUAGCUCUGACCCUCUCGGGGAAGGAGCGUGGCUCCAGGGUGUCACAAAUAAACUUGUCUUUGCUCCUG